CAUUGGAAUCAGAAAUAGUUUGAAAUUGAUGAGUGUUCGUAGUAGAUCUUUUGACUCAUUAUUAUUUCAAAAUCGAAAUUUUAAAACAAACAGAAUCUGAUUUUUGUUUUUCAAUAAUAUAAUAGGAAGAGGACAUGAAAAAAUCUGCUAAUUCCUGGAAGUCCUUCGAUUUUGGCCCUGAAAAAGUAUUGCCCAAAAAGCGUUCAUCUAUUACUCAAACUUCUAAUACAGAAUGGGAACGGCCUGCUAAUACAAAAAAUAAUUAUUCUCAGAAGAAAUCAUUUGAUUUUUUCGCAGAACUCUCCCCAAGAGAUGUUAGUGAUUUAGCAGUGCACUCGAAAAAAAUUGAGGAGGUGAAAUUUUGGUUAGAAAAGGUGUUCAACGAUGAAAAUGGGCAAAAAUCUUUUUUACUACUAUCAGGACCCACAGGGUCAGGUAAAACAGCAACUCUUAAUGUUCUCUGUAAAAGUAUGGGAAUUUCUAUUUCUGAAUGGAUAAAUCCGGUUGAUCAGGACUUCGAACUAUUGAGAGGACCAAAUCAAGCUAACAAAUUCUUGGAAUUUUUAACAACUGAAUCUAAUUAUACAUCACUUUUUGAUAUUUCAUCCUCUAAAAGAAUUGUGUUAGUUGAAGAUUUUCCUAAUAUCUUCAUUAAGCAGCACGAAGAAUUUGCCAACAUCUUAGAUGAAUGCCACUAUAAAUCAAAACAUCCUAUAGUAUUUAUUUGUACAGAGGUUGCUAAUAAUAGAGUCAACUUAGUAUAUAAUUUAUUUCCACAAGAAAUUUUAGUUAAAUAUGGCAUAGCACAUAUAAGUUUCAAUGCUUGUGCUCCGACACUGCUGAAAACAGCCCUAAGAAGGGCACAUGAUAUAGUACAAAAAAAUAAAGACCUAUUUCAAACACCAUCCUCUAAGUUAGUAGAUGCAAUUUUGUCCUCAUCCAUGGGGGACAUAAGAUGUGCUAUAAGUCAAUAUUAUUUUGCUAGUCUGUUAGGGAGCAAAGAAAUGCCAACAGAGAAAAACAUCACAAUAAAGACUGGUAUGAAGAGGAAAAGAACAGAAAAGUCCUCAAGCAUCAAAAUUAUGGCUAAAGAUGAAACGCUUGGAUUAUUCCAUGCUUUGGGCAGAGUACUGAACCCUAAAAGAACAGAUAAUGGUAAACUGAAUUGUGACUUUGACAGUCUCAUAACAGAACUUCAAUCUCAGCCUGAAAAUACAGUCUCUUUUUUAUUCACCAAUUAUAUAAAAUACUUUGGGGAUUUGAGAGAAUGUCAAGAAGCUUCUGAAUUCCUCAGCUUUUCACAAAAGUUCUUUGAUAAAUGGACGGAAAGGAAUGAUCUUCAUGUCUAUCCUUUGUGGAUAUCUAUUUUGGGAUUAAUGAGUGUGAACAAUCAUAAAGUUUCCAAGUGGAAUCAAAUUGAAGGACCUAAGAAAAUGCAGAAAAAAAUAAUACGAAAUCAAGAAACUUUGAAUACUGUGGAUGAAUUUUAUGCAAGUAUCAUCAGGAAGUCAUGUAAAGAUGGCCAGUUUUUAUGUUAGUGUUCUGUCAUCACAAUUAUUUAUAUUUAUUAUUAUAUUUAAAUUUAUCUGUGAAUAAAUACUUCAAAU